CGCCGCAGAGCCUCCAUGUCGGUGGAGCAGCAGCAUCCCGACAGAAGAUCCAGCGCUCAAAUAAGAUUAGGAGGAAGGGCAUCACACUCUCCGGGAGCAAACAAGAUACCACAUACCGAUCCUGAUUCGGAAUUAUGACAGGGAGUCAGGGACACAAUCAAAUUUAUACCAUCCGUUGUGAUUCAAUUUGACCAUUUCAUUAAAAUUUCCGGAUGGAUCUUAAUUCCUCGGGAAUGAUGUGGUUCUGGAGUCUAUUGUUAAUCUCUUCUGUCGCAGAUGUUUCACAAAUCCAACUACCAUGUUGAUUUUCUGAUCAUUCUUUGGUCUGGAGUCUGGACUAUACAUGAUAUAUGUAUUAUAUCAUCAUCACAAUAUGAUUAUUUUUCUUCUUCUCACAAGGCGCUUCCGAUGCACAGAUGGCGGCAAUGAAGCGGCAGGAUCCGGAGAGCGUGCAGGGGAGGAAGGAGUUCCUGGUGGAGGUGCUGAUGCUGACGGUGCUCAGCCAGCCUAACUUCGUCAGCCUGGUCGGCUUCUGCGCGCAGGGGGACAAGCGCCUGCUAUUGUACGAGCUUUCAAAGGUGGGGCAUGGGCUCAGAGGUGAGGCCACUAGCGGUUCAACUUUGCACAUACAAGAAAAUAAAAUCAAGGCACAAAUUGGACGGACAAAUGUUGAUAGAGGAGGAGAACACCAUGCAAGUACGUAUGUGCCAAAAUUGAUAGAUUUACCUCUAGGCAUUGCAUUACUUGCCGCAGUUUAG